AGGGCCUCUGGCUGCAGAGCUUUUUCAUCUUCCCCCAGCACAGAAACCAGUUGCUCGGCCCCAAAGAAAACAAGUCAACCGAGAAGAUGUGGAAGGUGCCAGUUCUGCUCUUGGUUUUGGGAAGCGCGUGGCUCUGGGACCCGGCAGGAGCCAGCACAGUCCGGCCAGAAGAUGACAUAACACCAGGUGUAGAAGAUAGCGUGGUGACCCUAGGUGCAGAAGAUAACGUGAUGACCCCAGGCACCAGUGAAGAGCCUUAUGAGUCUGGCUUAACAGCCCUGGUGCCAAUAAAUACAGAGAGUGUGACAGACUUUCACUUAGAGGAUGGGCCGACUCAAGAAAGCACAGUCCAUGCCAAAGAAGAAAGUCAGAGCACCACAGCCUUGAAUGUAGUGACUAGUCACUCCAUAGAGAAAGUAGGUGAAGACACAGAGACAACAGUUGAGAAAGAUGGCCUGGCAACAGUGACCCUGGUUGGAAUUAUAGUUGGAGUCUUACUAGCCAUUGGAUUCAUUGGUGGGAUCAUCAUUGUGGUUGCUCGAAAAAUGUCAGGAAGGCCCUAAAGAGAUGAAGAACUGUGCCCUUCUAC